GUACCACGGCACCCCAAAGGCGACCAAGGUGCAGGCGGAGCUCACGCGCUCGGCCGUGACGCUGGGGGGGCUGCCCCUGGGGCCCGGCGUGGUGCUCGACCUGGGGGCCGGGGGCCUCCUCAGCACCGUCAGCUUCCAGGCUCUGGCGAUCGAGAGCGGGCCCUCCGGGAGCCCCCCCUUUGUGCUCGCCAUCGACACGAGCGCCGCGAUGCUCGCCACGGCCUCCUGCGAGAGCCGGCUCGGGGGCAUCGGCAUCCCGAAGCUGGGCGCGUCGGUGGCAGGGACGCGCGGGCAGGACCGCGAGGAGGCCGACGUGUCCGAGGGCGUGCGGUGGUGCCGCACGCGCUGCGACGCGCUCCUGGCCGACAUGGCGCAGCCGCUCCCCUUGCGCCGGGCAGUGGUCGACGGGGUCCUGUCCGUGAGCGCCGUGCAGUGGCUGGUCGACGAGCAGCGCCGGGCCACCAGCACGGAGCACGGGGGCUCCAGCGGCUCCACCUCCGGGCCAGCUGGCGCAGCGGCGCGUCCCGAGGAGCCGCUCGGCUGCGCGGCUGGCGGCGCCGAAGCGCCACAGCCGCCCGGCCUCGCAGGCGGGGCCGCCACGGAGGGGGGCGGCGAGCAGCCUCGGCUGCGCCGGCUGUUCGGGUCUCUCCGCGCGGCCUCCGCGCCCGGGGCGAGGCUGGCGAUGCAGUUCUACCCGCCGAGGCCGGCUUCGAGGCGGAGGUCGUGCUCGACUUCCCGCACCGCGGCGCCGCGAAGAAGUGGGUGCUGGCCGCGCGCCUGCCUCGCGGCGGCGGGGUCGCUGCGUUGGCGCCUCGGAGCAAGUGGUGCGCCUUGUGCUGGCCAGUCGUCACCGCGUGCUGCGCCCUGCAGCAGGAGCUCGAGGACGCCCUUACUCGCGAGCGCGUCCAGUAUCAGCACAUCGAGGCCGCCCUGCGCCUCUCCCGGUGCGGCCGCCGCAUCUGCGCCGCCGCCGACGGCGGCUCCGUGGAGGACGAGCAGGUGCGCGCGCGCAUCGAGGGCGAGAUGCACCCGCUGAAGCGGGAGCUAGCCGUCCGCCUCGCGCGCAGGCUGGGCCUCUCGCGGCCCGGCGCGCACGAGGCGCACGAUCCGCCAGAGGAGCCGGACGGUGCGAGGAAGCGGCAGCGCACGGGCGGGGCCUCUGGCGCCGAGGACGCCGAGGGGCCCCGGGCCCCGCAGGGCGGCACGCGGACCGAGCUGCGGUCGGCCAUCUCGGACAGGCUCCCGGAGGUGCUGCAGGUGCUGCACGAGGCGCCCUCGGAGUGCUGGGUGCUGCCGCCGCCGCCGCUGGACACCGCCCUGGAGCUCU